UGCUGGCAAAAGCAAUACUUUAAUUUGGUUUCUGUGGCUGAUGAAAGUGACAGGCACUCUUGUGACCCAAGUUAGCACAAGUUAGCCUCUCCCCUCUCACUCUUACAGGGACAAGGCAGGAGGGCCCUUGUCUAUAGCUUCUACCCACAACAUGACAACGAGAACAGGUGCACUUCUUAUGAUGGUGCUAUUGCCCCAACAACUCUCUCCACCAACCCCACCUUUCUUGCCUUUAGGAGCAACCACAUGUUCAGUCUAAAACGAGCAACCAUUCAAAAAAUGACUUGCUGAGGUGUCAGUGGAUCAAGUGGAGCUGCUCGCUAUCAACAGGUGCUGUUUGCCUGCAGUGCAUAAAAAGUGAUGGGAGCCCGGGGGUUGGUGCUGCUGAGAGCUGAGACACAGGCUGCUGGGGUGGACUGCAGGAGUAUGAAGUGUGUUGGAAGUGGCUUAGGGCAACCAGGAGACUGUGGCAGCAGUGGUUUUGUCUCCGAUGCAGAGGAUCUUGAGAGUGUCAGUGACAGUUCAGACAAGUCUCUGGGUGGUGGCGAUGAGGGAGGUUACUGUAGCCCAGCUGAAGAAAGCAGGGGUAAAAGAAAAAGGAAGAGCAGGCUGUCUGGAGUCAGUAAGCAGAGACAAGCUGCGAAUGCUCGGGAGAGAGACCGGACACAUAGUGUGAACACAGCUUUCACAGCCCUCAGGACUCUUAUUCCCACAGAGCCUGCAGACCGCAAACUGUCCAAAAUAGAAACUCUGCGUCUGGCUUCUAGUUACAUUUCCCAUCUAGCCAACAUUCUGCUGCUGGGGGAGGACUGCUUGGAUGGGCAGCCAUGCCUACAUUAUAGAGCUUCAGUGGCAAGUGCUGCUCCCAGGCCCAUCUGUACCUUCUGUCUCAGCAAUCAGAGAAAACAGGUAAGAAAGACACACGUGCUGCUUACUAACAACCACACACCAGGCACAACUGGGUUCUAUUAACUCACCGAAUUGGAGCAAAGUACAAUUUCUAUGCCAAAAAUAGCUCAUCUCCAACUCAGUUUUAGUCAUAUUGCAAUUUGGAUUGUAAUUCAUUACAGUUUGUUGUCAAGUGAAUAAUUCUAUAAAUGGCAAAUGUUGCCCCUUUAUUCGGCUUAAUUCUCUUCACUUCAGCUGAAAAACCCUUCAGAGGUUCAUCUUAUUCGCUAUCAUCAGCCUAACUGAAACUGCAUUGAGCCAAAUGGGUUACUGUUAUUUUCAAAUGGAUUUUAUUGCAGCCAUGAUCAUUAUUUUAAAAAAACUCAUCAAAAUUGCAACAGGAUGACAGUCAAAUUCCGCCGCAAUAGAAACUAAAAUAGCUGGAGUUAAGGUAAGAGUAGGGCUUGGGAGGGAUAUACAGUGGGAUAUUGUUAUAUAGUAAAAAGGGUUUGGGGGCAGUAUUAUGGUGGUCUACGAGUUUGGGGACUUUAGUUCAAAAUCCUUGGUUUGUAUCAGUGGAAUAGUAUUAACUAAAGAAACACAUUUGGUUGCAGUUCUGUUACAGUUUAUGAAUAUACAAAUGAGACAAGUUAUGUGGAUAUUAGAUGAGUAAACACAACUAAACGGAAAUACAAAAUCUGUUGAAAUUUGGUUGAAAUCAAGUUAGGUGUCUGAUGCCAACAGCUCAUCCUGCUGGCCUCCUACUAUUAUAGUAGACUUUAGGGUUUAUCUUCUUCAGAAUAAAUUACAUGUCAGCACUGUCACAUCAACAAGGAAUUAGCCUAAAAAUGGUCCAGAUGGAGCGAUUCACUAAGCAGUAGACCAUGGUGAAUUGUUAACCAAAUUUUCCAAAUUGUAGUCAAAAUAGCCAAUCUGUAAAUAAAAAGACUGUUGAAAAAAAUGUAAUCUAUUUUGCCCCACAGUUAUAGUUGUAAUCUUGCUUACUUUUGCUAUAUUUUAGCUAUAAUACUCCAGUGUAAAUACAUGAAACUCUAUAUAAAGCACACUUGACUAAUAAUUUGAGACAUUUAGGCACAGAACUUAGUUAAAAAUAUAUUAUUAUAGCAAUACUAUAAUGGUGCUGCUCUAGUUAGAGUGCUUACAGCACAAGUGGGUAUAGAAAUGUACCUGUACACAAUUUUGCUGACAGGAGAUGCUGUGGAAUGUGACUCCAACCAUGCUCAACUCUGCUUUACCAGGCCACAAAUGAUGCGAAUCCUAAAACUAAAGCUCAAUUAUUCUACUUGAAGUAGGUCUUUUUAUAGCACCAUUACAGUGUCGCUCAAUCUAUGUUUAACUUUCCAAAAGCUGUUUUAAUGACACUAUUGAUUAAAGGUUAUUUUAUAACAUGACCAACUUGGCAUACCGUCAGUAAGGAAUGGCUUAAUGGCAGCUCUUGCAGGUUUUCAGGGUCAAAUAAUCACAAACAAAAUAGUAAAAUACAUAAAGAUGGCAAGCAGACCGACAGAAUGGUACUUUCAUCACAUACAGUAUAACAGAAUGAUAACCUGAUUACAUGACAGAAUGCUAGUUUGGCAUAACUCUAAUCCUUACAUAGUGCCAUUCUACCAAAAUAGCAUUUUAUAAUUUCCUAUGCUAUCCUUUUGUAGGAAAUGUCAGCAGUGUGUACAUGUAGAUAUCACUCUUGUUUAUAUAAGCAUUGGAGUUACAUACUAGUUACAUGCUACUACAUACACAGGCUGAUAUACCUUAGAGAAAUACAUGCAAUUUACAUUUUUAUUUUUUUUAUUGCAAAUGGAUUCUUACACUUUGUGCCAUAUUGUAACCAGUUAAUGGAAUGAAUAAUGAUUCCAAGCGAUGGGGGUUAAAGGACCACUAUAGGCACCCAGACCACUUCAGCUCAAUGAAGUGGUCUGGGUGCCAGGUCCAUCUAGGAUUAACCUUGCCUGCUGUAAACAUGUUUACAUAUGCGUUAAUCCAGCCUCUAGUGGCUGUCUCAUUGACAGCCGCUAGAGGCGCUUCUGCGCUUCUCACUGUGCCGCGCAUGCGCAUUCAGCCGAUGAUGACCGAAGGAGGAGGAGAGUCCCCAGCGCCUAGGGAGUCCGGCGCUGGAGAAAGGUGAGUGUUUAACCCCCUUCCUCCCUCUUCAGCCCGGCGGGAGUGGGACCGAGUUUGUUUUCCUGGCACUAUAGUGGUCCUUUAAUCAAACAUACCGGGACCAACAGUGCCAUGUUCCAAGUCACGCUAAUAUUGAUAAGACCAAAGUCCCCCUUCUGAGCCCUAUGGAUCUAAUACAAAAAAACAGAUUUCCCUGUUACUCCCAAGAAAAAAAAAACACUUAAAGAGAACCAUGUUAACAACACUUAAAGUUUAAAGUCGAGAAAGAAUCUAAAAAUGUCAGUGUCCAUAUUUAUUCCAUUGGUAUACAGAUAAAAUGUAUAAAUAUAUUUGUGUGCUGAUUGCAUAAUGUAAAUGUGUUGUUGCCUAGUACAGUCAUAAUCGGCAACACUUCGGCAAGCAGGAGUGUGAAUAUUAUCCGCUGCCUGGGUUGCCUUCAUCUUCACUGUGUAUAGUUGGUUUUUAAGCCCAACCAGAAUGCAUCUCCAGGCAAAUAUUGACAUCACAACUGUGAUAUAUUUAUUAAAACCAAAAGGCAAGGAAGACAAUAGGAAGGAUAUAGGUAGAGAAAAGAUUAUUUUAAAGCUGAGGGUGAAGGCAGAUAAGUGUUGGAGACCUACUGUCCACAUCAUUCUUUCAAACAGGGAGCAGAACAGCCCCUGGUUUCUUUUUGAGCUACGGGCUUGAAACCUUUAGCCCACCAUUAUUCUUACUUUCCAACCCAUAGGCCUUAGAGUGGUGGAAAUAGAAGUGCCCCAUCUUUAGGACCCUGCCCAAUGAGGAAGAAGGGGAAUAUGUGUUAAAAUCUUCCUGGUAAACUGGGUCUAUGAUAAACAUUUUCCCAUCUCGCUCAUUUGUUUACAUAUGAAUUUAGUCAUCUAAAUCCAUGUCCCUUCCUCUACUCAGCGAUCCAUGGGUUAAAUAUACUUGCUCAGAAUAGCACGGUUUGAUUCUCCCCCUCUAUUUCCAAUCCCUUCUUAUCUUUGCCAUUGAUCUACUGAUACACACUGACCACUAGGUUUACAGUGAUUGACAGCCUCUUUAAAGUAUCUCAUGAGGGGCAUGUCAAUGAAUUGCUAGUAUCUGCAUCAAAAAUGGUAUCUUGCACCAGACCUUUCAAAGCAGCACUCAGUACAUCCAAUCAUUACAAUUAAACAAACACCACAAGCAGCAAAACCACUGCAGUAUUCUGUAGUGGUUUUGGUGCCAAUAGCUCCCAGGAGCAUCCCCCAAAGCAUUUAAAAGAGCCAACUUAAAAAAGAUCUAAUAUGUAUCCAAAAGUUAUCUUCUGUCUUAUGACUAUUGUUACUGUUAUUGCUGAAGGAAUCUUACUUUCUACAACGUUUUGGGCAGCAAUUUAUUUUUAAUCCAUGCAGUUUUCUACAAAGUAGCCAUCAUCUUUAGCUUAGACUGGUAAAACUGAAACAACCACAAAAUCAGACCAUAAAACAGAUUUGCAUAGAAUUCCCAAUGUAAAAUAUACAGUAGAGUUUUUGCCAGUUCUGAUUUAUGGCAAAAACAAACCGGUCAUGUGCUGAGGAGGAAUUGUGGUGGCAAUAUUAUAUUGACUUAUCUAACAUUUGUACAGUAACAGAACAGAGCCUGCUCUCUGUUUGCACUACACACAUCAGGAAGACAUACUGGGCUGUAGGCCAGCAUAUGACAUAAUAUGUUUACAAAAACCCACAGCUUUUAAUAUCAACCCCACAAAAUGAUUUCAGUAUAGGGAAUUUACACAUUAAAAAAACAAAGUCACACAACAAAUCUGUCUCCCCAAAAACAAAACAUUUUGGAACAUUAACCCUGUAAUGAAAUAAAAGAUUCUAAUCAUGGAUACCGACACUUCAGUAUUAUUUAAAUAUUACCUCUCAGCUAUUUCCCUCCAUUUACCUCAUCCAUCAGUGGUCAAACCGUUUGUUAGCUUUUUAGCUGAUCCUUGACUUGCAGUCCCUUUUAUUUCCUCACUUCUAUCCAAAAACUACCCUCAACCUUAUAUUCUUUUCAAGACUUUUAAAACCCUUUCACUUUUUCCUCCAAAUCUCCUAUAGUCACCAUUUCUUUCAUUCCUUCACCUCUUUUUGGUCUGUUUAUCACUAUUCCCUUAUCCUUGAUUUUCUAAACUUUUUCAUUCUCUCUUCCUGUUCAUAUUUUUUCAUUUCACUCUAUUAGUAAAUCUAUCCCUGCUCCACCAGCCUGUUUUUUUUGUUUUGUUUUUUUCUCUUCCCUAACCUUUUUGCCUAUACGCUCUACUUUCUUUUCCAUCUAGCCUAUCGAACUUCCUCUUACUGCCCUCUCUCUUUUUGACAUACUCUCAUUUCUUUUCAACUUUUGUCUCUCAUUCCCCCCUUAUCUGUUUUUCAAUGUCUUCCUUUGUUUCUGUCAUGGAGACCCUCUUAUGCCUGCCAUAUUGUACUUCUGCCUAUGUCUAUCUGCUUUCCAGGUCCUUAUCGUUCUUUCCCUUUGACUUUACACAUUAUUUCUGUCCCGACACUUACUGGGUAAGUGAGUGGUUUAGAUGAAGAUCCAUUUUUACCCCGCACAGGAUCACUCUUGCCAGAUGUUAUUAGAGGUUUGAUUUUAUAUGUCAUAUAUUUCUGUGUUGUCCUGAUUUACCUGUGUGUUGAUACAUGUUCGCGAUUGGAGUAGGUGAGACUAAAUAGUUUAAAGUUUACAAUGAUGCUGCAACUCAUGGUACGAGACUCUUACUUCCCCAUGGAAUCAUGGCUUCCAUCCUUCUAGAAUGUGCAGCUUUAAUGGACCAUUGCAGAUCUAGUAUAUUGAUUAGGUGCCACUAACGCUGGUAGAAGUAACCGUACAAGGCACCUUAAGACAACUAACCCUAGGGUACAUUGACUGGCCUAUUUCCCCUAUUCAUACCCGCCGACAUUUAUGCACGUUUAGGGGGAGAUUUAGUUUUCUUCCAUGCAGUAACAUCUAUAAUGACUUUAUCCAUUUUACUUUUAUUGCCUGAGGUCUUUUCUUUGUAAAGCCUAGCCAAGGUUUGCUUACAGGAACAAGUGCUGUAUUUCAGGUCACACACCAAGUGAGAUCUUACAGAACUCCUGAAUGCCAGUCUAGCAUACAUUAAAGGAGGACUUGUAUGGUGGUCAUAUUGGCAGGCAGUGGUAAAAUAAGAUAAUCUGUCAUAGGCAGCUUCCUUCCGGCAAUAUGUGUUUAUCUUUCUGCCUUUCUUUCUCUCCAUCUCUUUUUGUUUUCACUCUACCUUUUUCUCUGCCCUUUUAUUUCAGUGUUCAGAGUUUUUUUCGUGCACAGAAUUUGACUGGUAGCAUUAUACUAUAAUGUAAUUUUUGAGUUGACUAUACUAAAGCAGUUCAUUUUAUGAUCUAGGUGAACGGUAGAUCUAUUAAUGUUCUUGUGGGCAAGGUCAUAACUAAACAAUGGUUUCAUUUAAUAAAUUGUGGGCAUAUUUCAAUCAGCCUUGUCGAAAAUCCAGUGCCUAGUCAUCAUUUGAUCCCUCCUAAAAGAUUUUUACUUAAACAAUUGUGUGUAUAUAUAUAUAUAUAUAUAUAUAUAUAUAUAUAUUCAGUCUAAUUCAAUAUUCACUUGUUAUGGGAGGUUCUGUUGGAUGGCCAUAUGACAUUCCUAAUAUUGUUAAAUGAAGAAUAUUAUUGAUUGUUUGAUGCAGUUGAAGAUUUUGGUGGAAAUUUUGUAAUUUGUGUUUUUUACUUCCUCUUUCAGCACAGAGAAGGGGAGAAGCACUUGCCUAUUUAAGGUGUAUACAGAUAUUUUGUCAGAGGAGCAGCGUGUCCAAUUCUUGCACUGAAUAUAGAACAGUUCUAAAUAUAAUCACUCUGCACUCUUUUGUUUACAUUGAACUCAUCGAAGGAAGACAUGGAGCUUGCAUACUUUAUUGCUGAAUGGAAAGAAACAUCAACGGAAAACAAUAAAUAAAUAAGUAAAUAUUAUAUAUAUAUAUAUAUAUAUAUAUAUAUAUCUCACAAGACUAAUAUGCACUUUUGUUUUACAUUGGACAAGUUUAUUAAGGACACCAUGCAUCUAACUGGGAUGGGAAAUUUGCACCUGGCGUUGCUGCUAUUUUUUGCGCAAGAAAUGUUAAACCCGAGCAUGAUACGGACGGUGGUUAACCCAACGACACAUGAUGAAACCUGACCUUGGACACGAAUUGGUUCCAUCAGUAUGUGUUGUCACAACACACUUUCACCUGUGCUUUUCACCACUAACCCUUCCUUCAAUCCCACCAGAUUUACUGUCACAUAGCACAAGCCAUUUACAGCAGCGGCAAGCAGCUGUCCCUUUAAGGAAUGUAGAGGGAGGGGGUGAACAGCAAUGUUUGUGAUCAGAGACAUUGUAUUCAGCACAGAUUUUCAACAGAAAUACAUAGGAGGUUUACAUGUCAGUUGUGUGUAAGAAAGGCAUAUAUAAAUUAUUAUAAACAUUUGUAAACGGCACAUAUGGUUUUCACGAAAAUUACUCUUCUUCUUAAUUGUUUCAUGCCCAGGCCAUGACGGCCAUAUUUUAUAGACUUCCAUGGUGCUAGCUACCUCAUUUUCAUUGGCAGAGUAUGGAGAGAUGCUACCUUUCUCUGACUCACUGGUUAUGGAAUAAAUAUAUGUUGUACACCCAGUGCUCCACGAACUAACACAAACUACAAACACCGAGCUCAGCUAACAUUACUGCAAAUGGUCAGACACCUCACACGAUCAAUUUGCUUUGCUGCAUGGAGGUCUAUAAAGGUGUUAUUAGAAUAUUAUGAUGAGAGAGACCGUCACAUAUGCACUAUAUGAGCCCUUUACAGAUGCAGCACAGAGUUCAAUUCAGUUUGAAAUAUUUAGUUUAGAGGUGGUUUUGGCACAGAAUAAAAUAUAAGUCUUUUGAACUACAUUUAUAGUUAUAAAGUCUGUAUCAGUCAUUUUGUGAGUCAGCCAAUGCUAGCUUAACUUGCUGAGGUUCAUGAGGCACAUAGAGCAAACAAGGAUAAAUGUUAUUAUACGAAUGGUAGAGACCUGUACAGAUUAUUACAAAAUUUUGAUCUGACGUCUGCUUCUCAUUUCUAAGAAAUAUAUGUGAAGUAUUUACAAGUGAAUGAUAAGCAGCGUACACUGUUGGACAUUCUCAGAUAGAAAACUGCUUCUUCCUAGAAGAUUCCUAGCCUUUCUUACUCUGAAUGUAAAAAAGUAUACAAGGAAUGAUACAAAAUAUAUCUGAAUGUAUGUAUAUAUAUAUAUAUAUAUAUAUAUAUAUUUAUUUUUUGUCUUUAAUGUCUGCUAUGUACGUUUAAGAGCCCUCCUUUUUUAGUGAAAAAGGUUUAAAAACACAAUUAAAAUUAUGUUUAUUCCAGACAGACUCCUAACCACAGCCUAAUCUUUGUACUGUAACAUUAUCAAGCUUUAUGGUUUCUGGACAAUAAAUGGUUCUUAUAGAGAAGCAUUAUGGACAUAUGGCCAUACAUGGUCAUCACCACCAUCCACCAAUCCAGUCGCUAUAAGGAUCCACACCUAGAAUCUGGUGCCUGCAUAUUAUGCAUGCUAACACUAGGUGUGAAAUAGAUUCAGCUAUUCAAGUCUGAGCCUCUAGUGGCUGUCACUAUAUAACCAUUUGCUACAGGGGAAGCAAUAUUCAUUAAGAUGAAGUGAUUCUGGUGCUAAAAUUAACCUUUUAAUCUUAAUUAUUGAGUUAAAAACACACGUGUCAAAAUGACUGUAUUAGUAAAAAUAACACUUUAUGGUCAAAAAUUACCUCAAAAACAAAUAUUACAUACCUGGGAAUACUCAGGGUCUUCACUUCAAUCUUAGGAUGAGAGGGCGGAUUCUCAGGGAUCUAUAUUGUUAUGAUACUUCAGACUCCUAUUUGGUGUUUUUCUUUAUCAUCUAUAGUUGAUAUCCAUGUUUGCAUAUGGCUGACUAGAUUAAAGCGUAAAUGUAAAACCUUUGUGGCAACUCUUGUUUUCCUGGCACUAAAGCUUCUCCCAUCAUCGUGGCUCAGGUCUUUCCCUGGCCAACGUCAGACCUAAUACGCGUGCACAGCAAUGGCCGCACUCUCAUUAGGAUUUCCCCAUAGGAAAGCAUUACACAAUGAUUUCCUAUGGGGUUUUGGGUGACCUGGACGUCCCUAUGCAUAGCGUGAGGACGUCUAGCGUCAGAUAAGGCUCAAAAAGUCGCCUAACAGCCUGGAAGUCCCUCUAGUGGAUGUCUUGUAGACAUCCACUAGAGUUGGAGUUAACCCUAAAAGGUAAUUAUUGCAUUUUGUAAAAAACUGCGAUGAUUACCUUUGCCGGGUUAAGGGACCUGGGACAGUGCACCCAGAUCAUGUCAAUGAGCUGAAGUGGUCUGGGUGCCUAUAGUGUCCCUUUAAAUACUCCCAGGGAUACUAUUGAUGUGUUUUAAUGAAGAAGUUUACCAUAAAUAUAUAUAUAUACACAUACAUACACACAUACAUACCAAAUAAGUUGUGGUGCGGAAAAAGUGUGGAUGAAAAUCCCUUCCACCUGAAAUAAGUGGAUAGUAAAUGCAAUGUUAAACACAAAUAUAUACACAUACAUAUAUACAAAAUAUUAAAUAAUAUAUAUUAUUAUUAAUAACAUAUAAUAAUAUGACUCUGUUUUGGCUUUUUUGUUGUUGUUGUUAUAAUAUGGGUUAUUUAAUCAUUCAUGCACAGUUUAAGCACUCUAAGGAAGAUAACCACCACAGCUCAUAGGCGCCAUAACCACUUAAACGGCUCGAAGUUAUGGUUAUGGUGUUUGGAGUUUGCGGGCACUGGGUUCUGCCACACAGAUAAAUGUUUUAGUUAAUGUUUAGCAGAAAUGCUUGGUCCCCAGCCACUGCAGGGCAAUGACAAAAUGGCAGGGGUGAAGCUAUGCUCCACGUGAUAGCUGGCAGUAAUUUGGGAUGUAUAAGUCUUGGAAAAUAUAAAUCUGCCUUCACCAUUACAUAAGUGGAAGUUACGUUCCAGGCUGCCAGGGAAUGACUAUCUCUGCCAAAUGGUGGAUAAACUCACAGACUCCAGUCACCAUAACCACUUCAAAACUUUGAAGUAGCUAUGGUAUCUACAGUGAUCUUUUAAAUGCAUUUCUGCUAAUGUGCACUAGAAAGGUCUGAAAAAUAAAACAGAAUUGUCUUGCCUACGAUUAUAUGAACAAGUACAAUACCUCCGCAAAGCUGACUUUUUCUAUGUAUUGUUUUUGAAUCUGAAAUUAAUUUCACAAUGCACCAACAAAUGGUAUCUAUUUUUUUUAAGAUGCAUGCCAUGUUAUAUCUGUCUAGAACCUGUAAUAUAACAUUUUCUGCAGUGAAAAUAUAUUGUUUACACAUAUAAUUCUGGCAAGGAUUUUAACCAUACCUGCUGUUCCAAUAGUAUAUAACAGUAUGCUCUGCUGAUUGAAGUGCACUGAUACUCUCAGCAUCUAAGUCCUGUCUGGUUUUUAAUCAGUGAUAUUUAAGGUAGUAAAAAAAAAGAAAAAGUUAUUUCUACAGUUUAGUAUCACUUUAAAUAAAAAUAAACUUUCAUAACUCUCAGGUCAUAUGAUGCACCACGUUUUAUAUACCCUUGAAUAUAUUUUUGCACAUCACAAUGAAAGUAUUGAUUAUUUAACAUAUACUACUGUGUUUGGAAUUUAAAUCUUUGCACAUAUUUGGCAUUAUAAUAGGUUAUGUAAAGGGAGAACUUUUUGAUAUUGUUGGGGCAAUGUGAAGGUACAGUUAUUUUUAUUUGUUUAGAAAUUUCUAAAAUGUAAUUUUAACAUAAAAGCAUUAUUAUCGAUCAAUGUAUAACUAUUUUUGUUGCUGAUACAUAUUGGGGAACAUCUAACUGCACAAAUCCUGUAAAGAUGACAAAAAUAAUAUAUACACAUACACUUUGCUAAUACCUCAUGUUUAUGAAUACAGAACUCUGAUUGUUAAUUUAACUGAUAAAAUUAUGAAAGUUAAUUUAUUACCCAACUUAACUAAAGAAAAAAGUAAGUGUUUGAUUAAAAUUACUUUCUUACCCUAAAAACUUUGCAUGAUGUCAAGCAGAUAAAAAAAUAAUAAUGUGUCUUUUAAGGUUAAUGCAUGGACAUAUUAAAGAUAAAACAAUUACAAAAUGUUUUUAUAAUUACUCAGCCAACAUGAAUAUAUUUUUGUACAUAUAUCAAUUAUUGAAUACUAUGCUACAAAUAAAACAGAAAUUAAACCGGAUUAAA